GGACUCGGAGUGUGCAUCCUAUUGCUAUAGGGUCAGUAAGCCACUGAUCCAAAUGGCACCCGAGUGUUAUGGCAAGGAUGCAGAGAUAAUCAAACUCAAGGAUCAGUUGGCAGAGCUAAACAAAGAGAAGGCAGUUUGGCUAGAAAAGCAAUCACAAUGUAAAGACCAGCUUAAACUGAUUUCAGAUAUGACAGAAAUGAAGGCAAAUAUCGAAAGCCUAACAACUCAUUUAAAAAAAAUAGAUGGGAAGAUAACUCAAGCAACUCCAAUUGCUAUACAAAGCAAACAAACAGAAUAUCCAAAAAUCAACGUAGUAGAGAAAACACAAGAACAACAAGACGGUGAAUAUUCUUAUUCGGAUAAUUGUGAAAACUCAGUGGGCAUUCGAAGAAUUCAAGUCAAGGGCAUAGCUGAACCUUUCCAAGUAUUCUGUGAAAAUAUAACAUCGGAUUUCCCCUGGAUUGUCAUGCAAAGACGAGUUAGCCGAUCUGUUGAUUUCAAUAAGAACUUUAUAAGUUUUACCAAUGGCUUCGGGGAUAUCGAAGGCAACUAUUUUAUCGGCUUGGAGAAAAUCCACAGACUUACAAGCACGCAGCCCUAUGAGUUGUAUAUACACUUGGAAAGUUUUCAGGGUUUUAUUGGCUAUGGCCGAUAUAGUUACUUCAAAAUAGCCAGCUUACAGAACAACUAUCGAUUAAUGGAAUUGGGAACAUUUUCGGGAACUGUAUUUAAUGCAAUGUCGGAGAAUUUGAAUGCUAGGUUUUCCAAUUAUGAAAAGGAUUUUGAUACGCAUUAUAGGUUUCAUUGCGCUAAAAUGCAGGAGAGUGCGUGGUGGUUCAACACGUGUCCAUCGUCUAGCAAUCUGAACGGACGUUAUUCUGACUUUGAAAUUGAUAACGCUCAAGGCAUUUGGUGGAAAGACUUUAGCGAGGGUCACACUCUGAAAUCUGUGAAAAUGCUUAUAAGGCCAGCACAUUAAAUUCGUAUAAUAAAUCAUAUGCUUAUUCAUUCAUUUCUAUGAAAACUAAUACCAAUUCGAAUAUUAUACAACUAAUUUUUAUCUAACUGUUUUUUUGAAAUUUAAUAAAUGCAAAUCUAAUAUUUUA